AUGUGAUCAAGUUGUUCUUCGAAUUACAUAGUUUCUUUUUUAACUGAUUUGCGCAAUGUCGAGUGCCAGAUAAAGUAUAGAUAUCAUGUUAUACAUACUAUAAUGAUUUUCUUUCCAUUAACGAGGAGAACCUGCAUUAGAUUCACUUCGAAUCAAAAUUGUAAAGACAUAUGUGAAUGUCGAUACAAUGAGAGAGGUAUAUUUAUCCCUUGGAAAUGACGUUGCCAUUGAUGCAGAGAAGCUUACUGGGAUUGGGAACAGUGCUGACAAUCGUUGGCCUAACGACUCUCCUGCUCAGCAAAAAGCUUGCACUGGAAACGCGCAAACGAGAUGGCCUGCUCCUCGACAUAAUCGCUAAUAUUAGCGGCCACUUGGAUCGACUUGACAGUGGAUUCGAUGACAUCGCCGCGCAGACGGGAAUUGCGCGGAAUCGUUUGCUACAACUGAUUGCGCUCCAUCGAGAAAAUCUCUUGAUAUGUGCGUUACUCGACGAGAAACGGAGACAAAGGCAAAUGCUCGUCAGCGGAAAACCGGCGACGAAGACGAAAAAAAGGAGACGCCGAUGGUUCAUCGAUCGUAUAGCACCAUCAUCGAUAUAAUCGAUCCGAGAGCGGGUUUUUAUCAGAUGUAAGAAGAUACGGAGAAGAUAUUAGAUCGCAAUGUGUGUAUCUAACUUUAAAUUAUGUUAUUUAUAAUUGACCUCUACUCAAAGAUUGUAGGAAUGAUUUUUCUCUAAU